AUGGAGAUUAUUCAAUCCAAAGAGGCCUUUAGGGUUGUCGGCAACAAACUCGAGUUUGACUGUGUGAAAGGGGUUGUGCGAUACAAAUCCAGCGUGUACUUCGGCAAGUGGCAGGAUCGAUGGCAUCCACCACUCAGUCUCUCCGAGUUAUACGAUGUCAAACUAGUGGAGACCGAUGUUAGAGGACCCGAAGUGCAGCCUUCUUGGACAGUGGCGUCGAAGCAGAGUUGCUAUAUCAAGACACCAAGCCUUUUCGACUAUGCCUGUGCGCCGGACCUCGAGAGACGGAUCCUCCAUGAAGUCAUGACGUGCGAAAUCCUUAGGAAGCAUCCUCAUCCAAAUGUCGCCUCCUACCGUGGCUGUCUAGAAACUGGGGGACGAGUAUCCGGCCUCUGCUUCAAAAAGUACGUCUCGACAUUGGCUGACAAAGUCAACCCUCAGCAUUUGAACAAAUCCGCCUUCCUGCUUAGCGGACGGCCGCUUGUCGAGGAUGCGAUGAAGGCGCAGCUGGACGGCGUAUUGGGUGGUAUUCAACACCUCCAUUCACUCGGUCUGGUCCAUAACGACAUUACGCCUGCCAACAUUAUGCUGGAGGAAGACGGGACAUGGGUCAUCAUCGACUUCGACAGUUGCCGGUAUGUGGGGGAAGUGCUUCGUGAUACGGGGACCAAGAGAACAUAUGGAUGGCAUGACCCUGACGUGACGGUUUCAUCCGAGAAGAACGACCUCGACGCCUUUUUCGAGUUGCGAACCUGGCUCUUUGGAUCAUCGGCCGAUGAAUUCUUAUUCCGGUAA